UGGAGGGCUGGAGGCAAUGGGGGCGGUGGGGCAGUACGGCUGCUCCUGGUCCUCUCCGGCUGCUUGGCCUGCGGCUCAGCUGGAAUUGACAUAAAUGUGGUCAUGCUUCAGGAAUCCCGAGUUUAUAAUAUGAGUGCCAGGCAACAGUUCUGUUAUAAAAAUGUGCUUAUCCCAAAGUGGCAUGAUGUGUGGACACGGAUACAGAUCCGGGUAAAUAGUUCCAAACUGGUACGUGUCACCCAGGUGGAGAAUGAAGAGAAACUGAAGGAGUUAGAGCAGUUUAGUAUCUGGAACUUUUUUUCCUCCUUCUUAAAAGAGAAAUUGAACGAUACCUAUGUUAACGUGGGUCUAUACAGCACAAAAACUUGCCUCAAAGUUGAGAUUAUAGAGGAAGACACCAAGUACAAUGUCACUGUGACCCGGAGAUUUGACCCCAAACUCUUCUUCAUUUUCCUCCUUGGACUUGUGCUAUUUUUUUGUGGAGAUUUGUUGAGCAGAAGCCAAAUCUUCUACUAUUGCACUGGGAUGAGUGUGGGAAUUGCAGCCUCUCUGCUAAUCAUCAUUUUCAUACUGUCCAAGUUUAUGCCCAAGAAAAGUCCCAUUUAUGUCAUCCUGGUGGGAGGCUGGUCCUUUUCUCUGUACCUCAUUCAGCUAGUUUUAAAAAAUUUACAAGAGAUCUGGAGGUGUUACUGGCAGUAUCUUUUAAGCUAUGUCCUCACAGUUGGAUUCAUGAGCUUUGCAGUCUGUUACAAGUAUGGGCCCUUGGAGAAUGAGCGAAAUAUCAACCUGCUGACGUGGACCUUGCAGCUGAUGGGCCUGUUUUUCAUGUAUUCCGGUAUCCAGAUACCACACAUUGCCCUUGCCACUGUCAUCAUUGCACUGUGUACUAAGAACCUGGAGUACCCUAUUCAGUGGCUGUACAUCACCUACAGAAAGAUGUGUAAGGCAACAGAAAAGACUGUCCCCCCUCGUCUCCUGACAGAAGAAGAAUAUCGGAUACAAGGAGAGGUGGAGACCCGAAAGGCUUUAGAGGAACUUCGAGAAUAUUGUAACAGUCCAGACUGCUCUGCUUGGAAGACGGUUUCUCGAAUCCAGUCUCCAAAGAGAUUUGCUGACUUUGUGGAAGGUUCUUCUCACCUCACACCAAAUGAAGUUUCUGUCCAUGAGCAGGAAUAUGGAUUAGGGAGCAUUAUUGCCCAGGAUGAACUCUAUGAAGAAACAUCCACUGAGGAGGAGGACGCAGAUUCUCGAUGUAUAUAGUAGAUCAAUAAAUCAUGUAAGGGCAGGUUGA